UCAUCGCGUCUCAAUAAUUUUUGUGGAUUUUAAAAAGAUAUAAAUUUCUUAACAUUUUCUCUCUCUCUACCUUACUUUCCCGGGUGGAUGAUGGGAGUGGCCGUCGGGGAAAGAGGGGCUCGCCGGAAUAUUGCCGGAAUUCGUGAUUCCGUCGACUUGGCCGGGAAAUUAUGGGAAACUGCCAGCUGGUGGGGGGUUUUCCGGCGAGGACGGAAGCCUUGAAGACAUGGAGAUCGGGUUCAUGGAGGAAGAAAAAGGGGAGGUGAUUAUGGACUGGGGGAGUGAUGGAGAAGAGGGAAGUGCGGAUUUGGGGAACGAGGGGGCCGAAUUUUGGCAGGAACAGCACCGGCUUCUCGAGGAAGUAAUGAGCAGGGGCAGCUCAUUUGAGGGAAGGGUGAGAAAGGAAGCGAGUGAGGCAGUGAAGAAGGCGAGGGAGCGUGUGAUUUGCAUAUGCUCGAAAGUAAGAGAUGAGAACGGGUGCAGGAGUUGCAUAAGGAGAGAUGUCGUUUGUUACUUACAAAAGGCCGCUUAUGACUCUGCUCUAUGCAAAUCUAAAUGGAGGAGCUCCCCCUCUACACCACCAGGUGAGCAUGAGUACAUAGACGUGGUACAAGCCUCAACCCAAGAGAGAAGAGCCGCACGCGUGGUGAUAGAACUCGACUUUAGAGCUGAGUUCGAAAUGGCACGUGGCAACAACGAAUACAAUCGCCUCGUCGCUCGCCUACCUGAGCUCUACGUGGGCAAGCCGGAACGGCUGAGGACUAUCGUAAAGGCUGUGUGCUCCGCAGCUAAGCAGUGUAUGAAAGAGAACAAGAUGCACAUAGCUCCAUGGAGAAGGCACAAGUACAUGCACAACAAGUGGUUAGGACCUUAUAAGAGAACAAACCCAUCCCCAUUUUCACCUUCUUCUACUAUUGAUACUACUACUUAUAGUCCUACAAGUAGGGAUGGUGAUGGGAGUCCUCUAAGAAAGAUGAGGGCAUCUAUGCUAACCUUUGACUUGCUCCAUAGCCCUACAUCUAGGGCAGUGGCAGUGGUUUGAGGCAAUAUAUAUAUAUAUAUAUAUAGAGAUAGAGAGGAGCAAAAUAUUCAAAUGAGAUGGAAAGAAGCAAGGUGUGUGGCAUCUUGCCUUACUGCUUUGGGUAUAAUGUCCUCCACCAUGUCGUAUUCAGAUGGGAUCAUGUAUCUAGCCUAGAGAGAGAGAGAGAGAGAGAGAGAGAGAACGAAUGUAUGUAUGUAUGUAUGAGGUCGUAUAAGGAUUUUGCCACGUUUGAGGUUUGAAUGGCA